CGGGCCCGGAACGUGGCGCCGGGGGCCGGAGCGGGAUCGGCCUGGCGGGGGCGGCGGCGGCCCCGGCCCCCGAAAGAGAAGGAGGAGGAGGAGGAGCGCGAUGGAGCAACAGGCGCCGCCGCCAACCCCGCCGGGGGCCGUGGCGGUGGGCCGGGCUCGGCGGGAGCAGGACGCGGAGCCUCCUCGGGCUUCUUUCUGCGGAUCAAAAUCUUUCCGAAGAAAAAGUCCUGACAGUCCCAUGUUGAGCAAAGCUGAAUUUGUUGAGAAGGUUCGCCAGAGCAACCAGGCUUGCCAUGAUGGUGAUUUCCACACUGCAAUYGUGCUGUACAACGAGGCCUUGGGGGUGGACCCUCAGAACUGCAUUCUCUACAGCAACCGUUCUGCAGCCUACAUGAAAAUCCACCAGUAUGACAAGGCUUUGGAUGAUGCCAUCAAAGCACGGCUUCUGAAUCCCAAGUGGCCAAAGGCAUACUUCCGACAGGGCGUGGCCCUGCAGUACCUGGGACGCCAUGCGGAUGCUCUGGCCGCCUUUGCCUCGGGGCUGGCGCAGGACCCCAAGAGCCUCCAGCUCCUGGUUGGCAUGGUGGAGGCCGCCAUGAAAUCUCCCAUGAGAGAGUCCCUGGAGCCCACCUACCAACAACUGCAGAAGAUGAAGCUGGACAAGAGCCCCUUUGUUGUGGUGUCUGUGAUCGGCCAGGAGCUCCUGACUGCAGGCCACCACGGGGCCUCUGUGGUGGUGCUAGAGGCUGCCCUGAAGAUUGGCACUUGCAGCCUGAAGCUGCGGGGAUCGGUGUUCUCUGCACUGAGCAGUGCCUACUGGUCCCUUGGGAACACAGAGAAAAGCACUGGAUACAUGCAGCAGGACUUGGACGUAGCCAAGAGUUUAGGUGACCAGACGGGAGAAUGCCGAGCUCAUGGAAAUCUGGGCUCUGCAUUCUUCUCUAAAGGAAAUUACCGGGAAGCCCUYACUAACCACAGACAUCAGCUGGUGCUUGCCAUGAAGCUCAAGGACAGAGAGGCAGCAUCCUCRGCACUGAGCAGCCUGGGCCACGUGUACACGGCCAUCGGGGACUACCCAAAUGCGCUGGCCAGCCACAAGCAGUGUGUCCUCCUUGCCAAACAGUCCAAAGAUGAGCUCUCCGAGGCACGGGAGCUGGGCAACAUGGGAGCAGUGUACAUUGCAAUGGGGGAUUUUGAAAAUGCAGUGCAGUGCCACGAACAACAUCUGAAGAUCGCCAAGGAGCUGGGGAACAAGCGGGAGGAAGCUCGAGCCUACAGCAACCUGGGCAGCGCUUACCACUACCGCAGGAACUUCGACAAAGCCAUGUCCUACCACAACUAUGUGUUGGAGCUGGCCCAGGAGCUGGCUGAGAAGGCCAUUGAGAUGCGAGCCUAUGCUGGCCUGGGCCAUGCAGCUAGAUGUAUGCAGGACCUGGAGAGGGCUAAGCAGUACCACGAAGAGCAGUUGCACAUUGCCGAGAGCCUGCAGGACCGAGCUGCUGAAGGCAGAGCCUCUUCCAAUCUAGGAAUCAUUCACCAGAUGAAGGGUGACUACGACACGGCGCUGCGGCUGCACAAGACACACCUGUCCAUCGCGCAGGAGCUGAGCGAUUACGCGGCCCAGGGCCGGGCCUACGGCAACAUGGGCAACGCUUACAACGCCCUGGGCAUGUACGACCAGGCUGUCAAAUACCACCGGCAGGAGCUGCAGAUCUCCAUGGAAGUCAACGACCGCGCCUCUCAAGCAUCCACCCACGGCAACUUGGCUGUUGCCUAUCAGGCGCUGGGUGCCCACGACCGUGCCCUGCAGCACUACCAAAAUCAUCUCAACAUCGCCCGGGAGCUGCGGGACAUCCAGAGCGAAGCGCGAGCCCUCAGCAAUUUGGGCAACUUCCAUUGCACGCGAGGAGAGUACGUGCARGCGGCCCCGUACUACGAGCAGUACCUGCGCUUGUCCCCGGAGCUGCAGGACAUGGAAGGGGAGGGGAAGGUUUGCCAUAACCUUGGCUAUGCCCAUUAUUGCCUCGGCAACUAUGAGGAGGCUGUUAARUACUACGAGCAGGAUCUCGCCUUGGCGAAGGAUCUUCAUGACAAGCUGAGCCAAGCCAAAGCCUAUUGCAACCUGGGCCUGGCUUUCAAAGCCUUGAUGGACUUCAACAAAGCAGAGGAGUGUCAAAAGUACCUGUUGUCCCUGGCACAGUCUCUGAACAAUUCCCAGGCUAAAUUCCGAGCUCUGGGGAAUUUGGGGGAUAUUUUUGUCUGUAAAAGAGAUGUACAUGGUGCAAUAAAAUUUUAUGAGCAGCAGUUGAGCUUGGCCCAUCACGUUAAAGACAGGAGACUGGAAGCCAAUGCCUAUGCAGCCCUGGGCUCCGCAUACAGGAUGGUGCAGAAGUGUGACAAAGCUUUAGGUUACCACACGCAGGAGCUGGAGGUGUACCAGGAGCUGGGGGAUAUGUCGGGCGAAUGCAGAGCACACGGUCACCUUGCUGCGGUGUACAUGGCACUUGGCAAGUACACCAUGGCCUUCAAGUGCUAUGAAGAGCAGCUGGAGCUGGGGCAGAAGCUGAAGGACCCCGGCAUCGAAGCCCAAGUCUACGGUAACAUGGGCAUUACCAAGAUGAACAUGAAUGUCAUGGAGGAGGCGAUUGGCUACUUCGAACAGCAGCUGGCCAUGCUGCAGCAGCUCAGUGGCAACGAGUCCGUGUUAGAUCGGGGCCGAGCGUAYGGGAACCUGGGAGAUUGUUACGAGGCUCUGGGAGAUUUUGAGGAAGCUAUAAAGUAUUACGAACAGUACCUGUCUGUGGCUCAAAGCUUAAACCGUAUGCAAGAUCAGGCAAAAGCCUACCGAGGCUUGGGCAGUGGGCACAGGGCUAUGGGGAGUUUACAGCAGGCUCUGGUGUGCUUUGAGAAGAGGCUUGUAGUGGCACACGAGCUGGGGGAGGCAUUUGACAAAGCCCAGGCUUACGGGGAGCUGGGCAGCCUGCACAGCCAGCUGGGCAACUACGAGCAAGCCAUCUCGUGCCUGGAGCGGCAGCUGAGCAUCGCCCGCGAGAUGAAGGACCGAGCCCUGGAGAGCGACGCUGCCUGCGGCCUGGGCGGGGUGUACCAGCACAUGGGCGAGUACGAGACCGCCCUGCAGUACCACCAGCUGGACCUGCAGAUCGCCGAGGAGACCAACAACCCCGCUGGCCAGGGCCGUGCCUAYGGCAACCUGGGCCUUACCUACGAGUCCUUGGGCACCUACGAGAGGGCAGUGGUUUAUCAGGAGCAGCAUCUCAGCAUCGCAGCGCAAAUGAAYGACCUGGUGGCCAAAACUGUGUCUUACAGCAGCCUGGGGAGGACUCAUCAUGCUUUGCAGAACUAUUCUCAGGCUGUGAUGUACCUGCAGGAAGGACUGAGGCUGGCAGAGCAGCUGGGACGCCGAGAAGAUGAAGCAAAAAUCCGUCAUGGCCUUGGCCUCUCCCUCUGGGCGAGUGGGAACCUGGAGGAGUCCCAGCACCAGCUGUACCGGGCCUCGGCGCUGUUUGAAACCAUCCGRCACGAGGUGCAGCUGAGCACAGAUUACAAGCUGUCACUCUUUGACCUGCAGACAUCCUCCUACCAGGCCCUGCAGCGAGUGCUUGUCAGUCUGGGUCACCAUGAUGAGGCACUGGCAGUAGCUGAGAGAGGACGAACGAGGGCUUUUGCUGACCUGCUUGUGGAACGUCAGACUGGGCAGCAGGACUCAGAUCCCUAUUCUCCUGUGACCCUUGACCAGGUCCUGGAGACWGUGAAUGGCCAGAGGGGACUUGUUCUCUACUACUCGCUGGCUGCAGGUUAUCUGUACAGCUGGCUGCUGGCUCCUGGGGCAGGAAUUCUGAAAUUCCAUGAGUAUUAUYUGGGUGACAGCCUGACAGAAAAUGCUGGGGACUUCCAUGAAGCCAACAGCGUGGCCCUGCAGACACUGACAAACUCAGCACUGGAGCAGCACAUCUCCAGCGUGCGGGAGGCUCUGGGMGUGGAUUCCUACUAUACCAGAGCCUGUGCUAGCAGUGAGACAGAGAGUGAAGCUGGGGAUAUCAUGGACCAGCAGUUUGAGGAGAUGAAUAACAAGCUGAACUCAAUGAGUGAUCCAACUGGCUUCCUGAGGAUGGUCAGCAGGAACAACCUGUUGAACAGGAGCUGCCAGAGCAUGACCAGCCUGUUCAGCAGCACCAUGUCKCCUGUUAAGGAUGGAACAUCAUCACUUCCAAGGAGGCAGACUUCWUUCACCAAGCCCCCACUCCGUGCUCUCUACGACUUAUUGAUAGGACCCAUGGAAGGAGGUUUGAUGCAUUCCAGUGGGCCUGUUGGCCGCCACCGCCAGCUGAUCCUGGUUCUGGAGGGAGAGCUGUACCUCAUUCCUUUYGCUCUGCUGAAGGGCAGCUCCUCCAACGAGUACCUCUACGAGCGCUUCAGCCUCAUUGCAGUGCCGUCCAUCCAGUCGCUGAAUCCCAGCUCCAAGUCCCACGUGAGGAAGAAUACUCCUGCUUACUCCAGUUCUACCUCAAUGGCAGCUGUUAUAGGAAACCCCAAGCUCCCUUCAGCAGUUAUGGACAGGUGGCUGUGGGGACCUAUGCCCUCUGCAGAAGAGGAAGCAUAUAUGGUAUCUGAGUUACUUGGCUGUCAGCCCUUAGUCGGCAGCUCAUCAACAAAAGAGAGAGUCAUGAGUGCCCUCACUCAGGCUGAAUGUGUCCACUUUGCAACCCACGUCUCCUGGAAACUGGCUGCUUUGGUCCUGACACCCAACACUGACAGCAACCCAGCCAGCAGCAAGAGCUCUUUUGGGAACCCCUACACAAUCCCAGAAUCUCUUAGGAUGCAGGAUGAUGCCAGUGAUGUGGAGAGCAUCUCGGACUGCCCUCCUCUUCAGGAGUUCCUGCUUACAGCAGCUGAUGUCCUGGAUCUGCGUCUUCCUGUCAAGCUGGUGGUUCUUGGCUCUUACCAAGAGUCCAACAGCAAAGUCACUUCUGAUGGAGUCAUUGGCUUGACAAGAGCAUUCCUGGCUGCUGGGGCUCARUGUGUCCUCGUGUCACUGUGGCCCAUCCCUGUGGCUGCUUCCAAAAUGUUUGUGCACGCCUUCUAUUCUUCUCUCCUAAACGGGAUGAAAGCCAGCGCAGCCCUGGGGGAAGCAAUGAAAACYGUGCAGAGCAGCAAGCAGUUCUCCCAUCCAGCCAACUGGGCAGGCUUCAUGCUUAUUGGGAGUGAUAUGAAGCUGAACAGCCCUUCUUCGCUGGUGGGACAGGCCCUGACRGAGAUCCUGCAGCACCCUGAAAGGGCCCGUGAUGCUCUGCGUGUCCUGCUUCAUCUGGUGGAGAAAUCAUUGCAGCGAAUCCAGAACGGGCAGCACAACUCCAUGUACACCUCCCAGCAGAGCGUGGAGAACAAAGUUGGWGGCAUCCCGGGCUGGCAGGCACUCCUCACAGCCGUGGGAUUUCGGCUGGACCCGCCAGCCAGCGGCCUCCCAGCAGCAGUGUUCUUCCCAACCUCGGACCCCGGGGACCGGCUGCAGCAGUGCAGCACCACCAUCCAGUCCCUCCUAGGUUUGCCUAACCCUGCACUUCAGGCACUUUGUAAACUUAUCACAGCUUCAGAGACAGGAGAGCAGCUUAUCAACAGGCUGCAUCAAGUCCUGGUUCAACUUCAGGCGGGUGAGAAGGAGCAAGAUUUCCCCUCUGCACCAAUCCAGGUCUCCAUCAGUGUCCAGCUCUGGAGGCUGCCUGGUUGUCAUGAGUUUCUGGCAGCUCUAGGUUUUGACCUUUGUGAAGUUGGCCAAGAGGAGGUCAUUCUGAAAACUGGGAAACAAGCUACCAGGAGGACCAUGCACUUUGCUCUACAAUCCUUGCUGGCACUUUUUGAUUCUACAGAGCUGCCCAAGCGCCUUAGCCUGGACAGUUCCUCAUCACUGGAGUCACUGGCUUCUGCUCAGUCUGUUUCCAACCCUGCACCCCAGUAUCAAAACCCUCCAUUCUCUCCUACCUGUCCAGACAGCAUUGCCUCAGAUGCCAUUUCUGUGUACAGCCUGAGCUCCAUUGCUUCUUCYAUGAGCUUUGUUUCCAAGCCAGAGAAUGUUCUGGAUGGGGCAGGACACAGAGGACGCCAGGAUUAUGAGAGGCCCAAGAAUAUYUAUCCACACAGGUCUGCAGCUCAGAGCCAGCUGUCACCACAAGCCACUGCAGCCAGCAAAGAUGAGGAAGAGUAUGAAGGUUUCUCUAUAAUCAGCAACGAGCCUUUGGCCAGUUACCAAGAAAACAUAAAACCAAGAUUUUCCCCUGAUCACAAACAGCYCAAAACUAGUCAGAAUGGAGGCAUUAAAGUGUCUGUCAACUCCAAAGGGAGCAUAAGUACUCCAAAUUCCCCUGUUAAAAUGACUCUCAUCCCCAGCCCAAACUCACCUUUCCAAAAAGUUGGGAAACUCGCAAGUUCCGAUACUGGGGAAUCGGACCAGUCUAGUACYGAGACUGACAGCACCGUCAAAUCCCAGGAGGACAGCAAUCCAAAGCUUGAUCCGCAAGAGUUGGCCCAAAAAAUUCUGGAGGAAACUCAGAGUCACCUCCUUGCUGUUGAACGCCUCCAGAGAAGCAGCAGCAGCCAGMUAARCAAGAGCAACAGUUCGGAUGAUGGRGCUCCCACCCCGGCCGGCGGCUCCGCGUUCCGCUCCUCGGAGACCAGCGCCUUCAGCCGCCCGCUCAGCUCCAGCCAGAGGAACCAAUCUUCACCUCUUGCAAUUAAACCAAAGCCUCCAACGAGGAGUUCAUCCCUUCAGAAGGUGAGUUCUGGCUAUAACAGCCCCACAACGUCGGAGAUGUCCAACAGAGAAGGCACAGGUCAGUACAGUGGGCAGCCGUCUCCAGGCUGUGAUUCGCAUGGGUCCCUAACUGAGCAGCCUCCCUUUAAACUCAAAUAUCCCAGCUCUCCUUACAGUGCUCACAUUUCUAAAUCACCCAGAAAUAUCUCUCCGAGCUCAGGGCAUCAGUCUCCUGGUGGCAGCACUCCAUCUCCUGCUCUUUCUUAUUCCUCAGCUGGUUCUGCUCGCUCAAGCCCAGCUGAUGCCCCAGACAUAGACAAAUUAAAAUUGGCUGCCAUCGAUGAAAAAGUGCAAGCAAUUCACAACUUAAAGAUGUUCUGGCAAAGCACUCCUCACCAUUCCACUGGCCCAAUAAARAUUCUCCGAGGAGCUCCUGGAACAAUGACUUCUAAGAAAGAUGUCCUCAGCUUGCUCAAUUUAUCUCCACGGCACAGCAAAGAAGAAAGUGCAGAGAAGCUGGAACUGAAGGACCUAUCUAUUGGGCAACACCUUGCUGCUUCACCACAGAAGAUCCCUCCAAAUGGACACAGACACCCUGAAACCACAAAUGCCGUGACAUCAGCUCAUUCCUCACCUGGCAACACUCUAGGAACYGUGCGUCCCCUGAGGCUGCCAGCUGGGAAUGGGUAUAAAUUUUUGUCACCGGGAAGAUUUUUCCCUUCCUCCAAAUGUUGAAAURUCCCGAGUACCAGCUGAUGACUUACAGUCUUGUUCAAGUAUUUGCUUCUGCCCACUUGCCUUUACCAAAACAGAACCAGUACCUAAGCAGCCAUGGUGAUGCCCUCAGCUGGCAGUGCCCAGGGAUGGGACAGGCUGGCCUGCUGUCACUGUGGGGGCACACAACCCCACACACAUGGGUUUUUGUUUCCCUUAUCAAGACCUUGGCCAGACUCACCUGAUAACAGGUUCUUUGUAGUGUUCAGUAUUUGAAGCAGCAGGUGCAAAGCAUCUGGUAGUCUGUUCAUUAAAUACUGGCUUUUAAGCCACCUCCUUGUAUUUCUUAUCCAGAAGUUUUACAGCUGGCUUUUUGUACAGAAAUUAUACAUAUCAGGGGUUGGAGGGGAAAGGGAGAGGAGGCAGAACGUUCCUGUGUACCACAAAGAACAUAUAUAAAGUUUCUGCCUGGAGAAAGAUGAGCCAUUUACUCAACUGCUUUCAAAGCUGACAGAGGAGAAGAUCACACACCUCUAGACACCUCUGCCAGGUUGGCCGAACCAGAAACUGCUGUCAGUAAAACUCCAUAGCAGCAGGAUCUGGCAGUUCUYUUGCAUCAUUUAGAGGCUGGUGAAACAAAGACGAGAGGAGAGAGGUGCCCCGUUCUAAAAUCUGCAUCUCAGGUAACUUUUCUGGAGGGAAACUCCUCUGAUGAGACUUAGCUGGUUGGUCUGCUUAAAGGAAAUGUUUGGGGCCUAAUGAACCAGGUGAGCCUGAGUGUAAGGUAGUGAGUGUGUGUCAGAGGGACAAAUUCUGGUUUUAUUGAGUGCUCUGGUCUCUCUGACCACAUUGUGAAGGCGAAUCUUUUAUCCUGGCAAGUAUUUGGGCAGUAGUUGUGUCUCUGCUUGGUGAGCACAGAAAAGGAUACUGUUGCUGCAGCUCAGAACAUCAUUUUGCAGUUCCACAGCAGGCAAGAGUGUGACAUCAGUGUUUGUGAUUCAGACAUCACCUGACCAAAAAAUCCCUCCUUGAUCCAGCUAAAUCAUUUCCAUGGCUCAGCUUAGGCAGGUCUAUGAACCUUUUCCCUGCUGUGGGAAUUUGGAGGUUUCCUUUGGAGCAGGUGUAGCAGUGUGAGCAGCUGUGGGUGCAGUUGGAGCUGGAGCACGAGGCAGCGAGCGGAGGGGCUGGAUGCAGAACCUGAGUGCCCUCUGACAUGGGGAGGAAAGGUGACCAAGAGUACCCCCAGGGUGAUGUGAACAGUCAGCUUCCCUGGGCUAGGWGGGGUUUAGGAGUUUGGGGUUGGGGUGGAGAUGUUUCCAAGAGGCURUUGAAUGCAGGGAUGUGAUCAGGAUCCCCGUGAUCGCCUGCAUGCACCGACCCCACACGUGAGCUCAGAUCCACGCAAGGUAUUCACAGGCCAYGGGCUACCAAGUCAGAGCACUGGAUCACCAAGGCUUUUGGUGUCUCCUCUGCACUCCCAGAACUGGCUGAGUGACUGAAGGCUAAUCACUUCACCUCUCCGUGCCUCGUCUUCCCGUUCUAUCUAAAUGGGGAUAGUAACAUUUAUCUACCUACCUCACAGAGGUGUUGUGAGGCUGAAUUCAUCAAGCCCUGAGUUUUAGCUGGAUCUUAAGUCACCUUCCAGUCUGCAGCUGACUCCCUGAAUGGAGAGUGCAGGCGGCUCUGUGGAUGUACCAGAGGUACGUCGCUGAUGCAGAGAAUUGUACUAAGUGUGGCUGGAUGCUCUUGUUGUAAAUGUGGGUCUGAAAAUUUGUGAUUUUCUUAGAGAUAUUGGAGGAAAAGAAUGAUAGCAGGGCAGAGAAUUCAGUUCUGAUCCAGAAAGAUUAAAUUGCUUAGGCUCAGCUUACUCACAAGGCAUAAUCAGAUGGUAGGUGUGAGAAUAUUCUGGAAUCUGCUGGUUUUGGGAGAAUGUUUUCCUUUAUAUGUCACAAAGAAUGAACACAAGCACUAAAGGCAAAGGAUACUGGGCUGGGUUGUUACAGCCAGCUAAUGAGGGAGGAGGAUCACCAAAGUUUUCAGUGCAGAGAGAAGGAGUAGUUACCUACUCAUGCACAAUGUAGCAGAAGAGUUGAAUUAAUCUGUUCAACUCAUUAUGAUGCAAGUUAUUUGUCUGUACAUGACAUCUACCUGUGAUGGUUUGGUGCUAAACAUCACCUUUGCGUUAUUUGGCAGGAAAAAUUAGAAURGUGGGCCAAAAUGAGUCAGCACAGCAUCUCCACCCUAGUGGAGACAGAGAUGCUGUUGAUCAUGCYACUUGCUGUGGUCAUAGGACUGCUGAGAGACUUCAUGUGACCUGCUCUGUUCCUAACCAGCAUAAACGUUUCGAAACGACAUCCCAGGAACACCCAGGAUGGAAGUGGGCAGCUUUUUGUUUAUAGCAACAGCAAAUACUCCCUGUAGUGCUGCAUAAACAUGCCAGAAAUAAGCCUCUUUGUUGUAGUUUACUUCCAUAACUAAAGGAUCUUUUAACUUGUAGAAAUUCUACGCUGCCGUUUUGUUACAACCCAUUUCUGCUCUCCAGCAGGUUUCAUGCUGGCUUAAAGCUUUCAAACAGAGCUAAAUCGGGGUGGGGGGUGUGGGGGAGUGGUUCUUCUGUUGUUGUUUUUAAGGAGGGGGGAGCAUUAGAAGCAGGGAAGGGUUCAGAUGUAGAGAAAGUUCAGUAUUUGGGAAUUUGAUGUUGUAUAAAUAUGGAAGGUGAGUGUCACUAGAACAAGUCUUUUGGGAAAUAGGUCUCCGUUGACUUGGCACGGGUCACUUCCAUUGGCUUGCCAGGAGCCAUGAAAUGCAUGCUUACUCGUGGCUGGGAGACACUGCACACUYCUUGUCCCUCACUCCUCCACCUCCUGAAUGAGAAACGACCCCUUUGUGAAGAAAAAAAAAGAGUUUUAUCAGGUUUGCCCAAUACGUGGAGAAAUUCAGGAAAUGAAAAUCACGCGUUCUCCAUUUGCUGUUAGAAUUCCUUCUGUGGGUUUAAUGCAUUUGUCGUUGUUGUAUUUGUGCAUGGUACAAGUGACAACACUGCGUAAUACAGUGAGCAAUAACAAUUAGGUAUUAACCACUUUCACAUAAAACCUGCCACAUGCAACCAUGUCCCAAGGCCAUAGAAUGUUUUGGGUUUGCCCUGUACGUUUUACUGUGUGAGAUUUCAGAUUUUUUUUGUUGAUUGUCUUUAGCUCCAACUAAAUGGGAACAGUAAACAACCCCUGUGAUCAAAUUCUAGUUUAAUUUGAUUUUGUUGGUUAGCCUGUACCUCUGGCCUGAUAUUGGUUUUCCUUCUCUUUAAUCAUACYUUACUGAAACAAGGAAAAAGCAUUGAGGGGGUGCUACACCCACACAUAUCACUCUAGGCCAUCUUUUCUUUCAUUAGGGCAAGCUCUUUCUGUGAACAUCUCUUCCAAGUUGCAGAACAGAUCAGGGGCACAGAGGUGUCUGUGAAUCUGUUAGGAAGCACUGGUAGUUUCAACUGGAUGGUGAUCAUGGGUUUGAGCAGUUUYGGGUUCAUUGCAUUGCCAUGCUGCCCAGAAGGGCUGCACUGUGUGUGGGCACUCAUCCCCUCAGCUGCAGAACCCCUUCAGAAGAGCACUGGAGACAGUGACCCAGAGAGGAUGGUCAGCAGAGGCUUCCCAGCAGCAGCCCUUCAGCACUCGCUCUCCCUACGUGCAGUGUUAGCCAUGUUUGGCCUCUAUGGACUUUCUUUGUAAAUUAAAACUCUGUUUCCAGACAGCAUUAAACUUUUUAUAUUAUGAAAUUUACCAUGUAAAAAGAUUUUCAUAUUUUUAUUGAAAUUGCUAAGGCAUUUGGCCUUUCUUCUUUGUGAUUUCAGUGUCUAUUAAAGCAUGAGUUCUC